AUGGCACGGUUCACAGUGCAAGGACGCCUAAAGCCUUUUUUCAGUGGUGAUGGGAUAUCAAUGUCGUUCGAACCCAAAGACCCAUGUCACCGCCAUGACUACAAGGUCCGUGGUGGUGAUGGGUGGAUGAGAUUCCUUGAUGCAACCCUUUAUCCACUACAAUUUCACAAGGGCAAGCGCAGACUCUGUAAUUCUUCUAGUACCCUACUAUAUGCUUCGUCGUCAUCGUCUCUAAGCAAAUCCAAACACCCCAAUGCGGGCUUGAGCUCAAGUGUCAGUACAGACGGUAUUUUUGAUGACUUAUUGGAGGACCCAGAGUUUGUGAAGGACGAGUUGUCUUGUUUCAGGGGCUUGGUCUUGGACAUCUCUUACAGGCCUGUCAAUGUUGUCUGCUGGAAGCGAGCUAUUUGUUUGGAAUUCAUGGAGAAGGCUGAUGUUCUAGAAUAUUAUGACCAAACUGUAAACUCUCCUAGUGGAUCUUUUUAUAUACCUGCCGUCUUAAGGGUUCCACAUUUACUGCAGGUUGUCAGGAGAAGAAGAAUCAAAAGCAAUCUUAGUCGCAAAAAUAUACUUCGACGAGACAGUUUCAUGUGUCAGUAUUGUUCAUCGGGUGAGAACUUGACCAUUGACCAUGUCUUGCCAAUUGCACGUGGUGGAGAAUGGACAUGGGAAAAUUUGGUUACUGCUUGUGCCAAAUGCAACUCCAGAAAAGGCCAAAAAACCAUAGAUGAAGCAAACAUGAUGCUAAUUAAGGUCCCCAAGGCUCCAAAGGAUUAUGACCUAGUUGCGAUACCCCUGACGACAUCAGCUAUAAAGAUGUUAAGAACGAGGAAGGGGAUGCCUCAAGAGUGGCGGCAAUACCUAUCAAAGCCAUAUUUAGAGCCGUAA